AGAUCUCUCACGCGAGUCACUCCUCCCCUUCUCUGAGUUCUCUCUCCCUCCUUCACCUCUCUCAAGCCGCGCCUCCCUCCUCCUCUCUUCGCCGCCGGCCCGCCGACCAACAUCAGAUUAGCGCCUCUCUCUACGUCCCUCAUCUCACACAGUUUCAGGUUUCUCCCUUCUCUGCUCUGGGGAACUUCCUCCGCAUCAAGAGGCUGGGGUAACAAGUAACAGCUCUUUUUCCAUAGAAAAACAAUAGUUGAUCCUCCACAAUGGUGUAAAGAGCAAAGGGGGCCAAACCAAUUUUCUGCCGCCAACUUAACGUGACAGGUGGAUUAAUAUAAGUGGGUCCAACAGAUUGUCCAUGACACGCGAAGUACGGGAUAAAUUUCCAUUCACUUCGUUUUUACUUGCAAUGGCCACUGUACGCAUCUAUCGAACAGAACCUGAGAACCAUUGCUAAACCCUUCCCUGCCAUUUCUCAAAACCCUAAUUUCUAGACAUAAAUCAAACAAAUUCCCAAUAAAAAUGUUGAGAAGGAGGCUAUCGCUAUUCAUCGCAACCUCAAUCCACAACGGUUCUUCAAUCCACGCCAAACCCACGUCAAUCACCUCACGGUUACUUCAAUCACCACCACCUCCUUCGCAUUUCUUGCAAAGUUCGAAUUUUACCCCUCAUUCCCAUGUGGGUUUUUUGGAGCAUGAUCUGAAUCUGGGUUUGAGGGCUUACAGCCUUCUGAGCUUGAAUGAUUUGAGAGACAACAAAGGGGCCAGAAAGAAGAAGACGAGGAAGGGUCGGGGGAUUGGGUCGGGCAAGGGGAAGACUGCUGGACGGGGUCAUAAGGGGCAGAGGGCGAGGGGGACUAUGAAGUUUGGGUUCGAAGGGGGGCAGACUCCGAUGCGGCGGAGGAUGCCGAAAAGGGGGUUUAAGAACCCCUUUAGCCUCACGUUUCAGCCCGUGGGACUAGGAAAGAUUGCGAAACUGAUAAAUGCAGGGAAGAUAGAUUCAUCAGAGUUGAUCACGAUGAAAACUCUUAAGGAUUCUGGAGCCAUCGGGAAGCAGAUAAGAGAUGGUGUCAGAUUAAUGGGACGAGGUUCUGAACAUAUAAAGUGGCCUAUUCAUCUGGAGGUUUCCAGGGUGACUGUUAGGGCAAAGGCGGCAGUUGAAGCCGCUGGAGGGUCCGUGACGAGAGUGUACUAUAACAACUUGGGCUUCAGGGCACUGCUCAAGCCCGAAUGGUUCGAGAAAAAGGGCAGGUUGCUGCCAAAAGCAGCAAGACCUCCCCCAAAACAGAGAGAUAAAGUUGACAGCAUUGGAAGACUCCCUGCGCCCACAAAGCCAAUUCCUUUUACACCAGAGGAGACAGAAGCGAUGUCCGCAGCACCUGUUUCUUGAACCUGAUUCCGAUUUUGUAGAAAAUUGAUGAAAUCGUCAUGUAAACGGAUUUCAUUCUGAUGUUAUUUUAAGUUGCAAUUGUGAUGCAUGCUGAUAAGUUCAUGUCAGUGUGUUGGGAAAGAUGUAUGGUUGAUUAGGCCAGUGCCAUUUGCAGGCCAAACAGAAGGAAGCUCUCAAUUUUUUUCUUCUUUUUUUCGUAGAACUAAAAAUUGCUUGUUGAAUC